AUGGCCCCUCACCACCAGAGGGCCAAGGUUCGCCCCAUCACCACCAGAGGACCCAGGUACGGCCCCUCACUACCAGAGGGCCCAGGUAUGGCCCCUCACCACCAGAGGGCCAAAGUUCGUCCCCUCACCACCAGAGGGCCAAGUUUCGCCCCUCACCACCAGAGGGCCAAGUUUCGCCCCCUCACCACCAGAGGACCAAGUUUCGCCCCCUCACCACCAGAGGACCAAGUUUCGCCCCCUCACCACCAGAGGGCCCAGGUACGGCCCCUCACCACCAGAGGGCCAAGUUUUGCCCCCUCACCACCAGAGGGCCAAAGUUCGCCCCCUCACCACCAGAGGGCCAACUUUUGCCCCCUCACCACCAGAGGGCCAAGGUUCGCCCCCUCACCACCAGAGGGCCAAGGUUCGCCCCCUCACCACCAGAGGGCCACGUUUCGCUCCCUCACCACCAGAGGACCAAGUUUCGCCCCCUCACCGCCAGAGGGCCAAGGUUCGCUCCCUCACCACCAGAGGGCCAAAGUUCGCCCCCUCACCACCAGAGGGGCCAAGGUUCACCCCCUCACCACCAGAGGGGCCAAGUUUCGCCCCCUCACCACCAGAGGGCCAAGUUUCGCCCCCUCACCACUAGAGGGGCCAAGGUUCGCUCCCUCACCACCAGAGGGCCAAAGUUCGCCCCCUCACCACCAGAGGGGCCAAGGUUCGCCCCCUCACCACCAGAAGGGCCAAGUUUCGCCCCCUCACCACCAGAGGGCCAAGUUUCGCCCCCUCACCACCAGAGGACCAAGUUUCGCCCCCUCACCACCAGAGGGCCAAGUUUCGCCCCCUCACCACCAGAGGGCCAAGGUUCGCCCCCUCACCACCAGAGGGCCAAGGUUCGCCCCCUCACCACCAGAGGGGCCAAAGUUCGCCCCCUCACCACCAGAAGGCCAAGGUUCGCCCCCUCACCACCAGAGGGGCCAAAGUUCGCCCCCCUCACCACCAGAGGGGCCAAGGUUCGCCCCCUCACCACCAGAAGACCAAGGUUCGCCCCCUCACCACCAGAGGACCAAGGUUCGCCCCCUCACCACCAGAGGGGCCAAGGUUCGCCCCUUUACCACCAGAAGACCAAGGUUCGCCCCCUCACCACCAGAGGACCAAGGUUCGCCCCUUUACCACCAGAAGACCAAGGUUCGCCCCCUCACCACCAGAAGACCAAGGUUCGCCCCCUCACCACCAGAGGGCCAAGGCGUUAUACAAGAACACCAUAAUAACAGCCGAAGUUUCCGAGCAUAG